AUGAAGGUCGGAAUCUACAUAGGAUCGACCGAAGAAGAUGAGGUUUUCUACAACGGGAAGUUGCACAGCGCCACUCGUGCCAACAACCUUCCCAAGCCUCCUCUCUCGGGGAACUGGGUGAAAAUAACUGCUUCGGCUACGGACACUUGCGGGCUACUGGUGUUCACUAUCACUGACAUCAUGAACGAAACAGAUACCCUGCCGCUGGUCACGCGAAAUUUAAAAGGACUUCUUAAAACGAAAGAUUCAAUAAUCGUGCUUCCUUCAUCAACCAUUUGGUCGCGACACUUUGGUCAAGUCGGGGAUAAGAUGAAAGCUGCAGCAACCCUGCAAAAGGAUCAAUCUUAUACAGCUUCUUUAACUUGGAACAAGGAGAAGAAGCUUUUUGAAUUACUGAAGUCUUCUGAUGCCCAGUUGGACGCGCAAAAUGCUAUCUUCAAAAAGUAUGAAGCCGAAAACUUGGUGGGAGCUCGUGCAACAGUCUGCAGUAUUCAACAGCCUGCGGUGACGCCAGUUGAGGUAAAAAACAAGGAGAUUAACAUCAUGGUAGAGGAGGACGAAUGGGUGACUGGAGUGGUUGUGAAGCAUUCGGUCACGGGACGGGAUUUGGUUAUGUACAACGAAAAGUAUGGUGGAGUCAUCGUCAAGUACCAGCAACACACCGUGAUUACCAUCAAUCAAGAAGCUAUACGACCAACAGCGGGAAUGCUAGCGAGAUUUACGCUUAAGAAGGGCCGCUUUGAGUUUGAGCCAGAACCGCGAAAAGUCGAAAUGUACCAGUACCAGGCUGAAAAAGUCGACUACUUGGCAAAAGACAAGCUACAGAAGGUUGUUGAUCACCAAAACAGACGGACGAAUCACAAAAACGCGUGCACAUUAUUGGUGGACGCGAUGGCUCGUUAUGACGGGGUACAUUUUGUGGUCUACACGAAGGGACCACCAAAGGAGCGCUUGUUGACCGCAAUCGAUCCCCACAGAUGUGUUCAAGAACCCGAUCGUCGCACGGAGUACAUCCUCCGAUUGGCAUGUUUCUAUCGGGAUGGGACUCUUAUGUGGAAAGUGAUCAGUAUGCUUAAGAUUCUGUCACAAAACGCGGCUUUAUUGGAACGAGUAAUUGAAUUUGUCGCUGAGGUUCGCGAAGAACCCGCUAAAAGCGGCCAAAUGGAAGCAAGAGCCAAUCUCCGAUCAUCACUUCAAGAAAUUGGAUUGAAUGCUCCAAUGGCUCUGUCGCAACGUUUUGCUGGACCAAACAUCGAAAUCCAACGACCCACACAAGCCACAAAAGUGACCGAGGAAAGGAGAAGCUUAUCUAAUGAGCAACGUCGACCCGUGAUCUUAUCAUCGCAUCUCAUCAGCUCCACUCCAAAUGAAAAUUCUCCGGGCUAUGUGAAGGCCCGCGGCUCUGGAGAAUCCUCUUCCAUAUCAUUGGACGGCGAUGAGGGCGUUGAAAUUCUCAAGCCGGCCUAUGUAAGCGAGAAAUGGAAGCAUCAUAAAAGUGAGGAAGGAUGGCAUUAUGGCUGGUGCUACAUCUUCUACGAUCGAGACAAUAAGCAAGAGCAACUAAAAGUGGUUUCAACGUCUAAUCAGCGCUUCAUGGCCAGCUAUUCUAUCCGCGAGAAGAACAAGGUGAUGGGGCAUUGGAUCGAGUUUAAAGAAAGGGAUCGAUUCGCCGAGCAAAUGACGGUGUUGGAAAGAAAAGAUUUCCCAAAAUGCCGACUUAUGCUGAAACGUACAGAGAUAGAGUUAGAGCUCACCUAUAGAGAUAGAGGCGACGGAAAAAAGCAUCUGUUCAAAAAUGAUCUGAUUGGUGAUGUAAUUCUUCCGGAUUUCGGAGGGAAGUACACGGACGGCGCGACUUAUUUGCUUUGGUUUCUAGUCGAUGCCAAAAUGUAUCCCGCGCGAAGCGAGUUCCCUCGCAUCAAAAAUGUGAUGACCGACUGCCAGUGGGGAACGGGCGAAUAUUCUGAUUCGGAAGACACGAGCGAAUAUUCCGAUUCGGAAGACACGAGCGAUGAGAUAGUCGAGGAAGAAAGCGAGGUGCGUCUACCGGUCAUUCUUGACGACAAUGGCGCCACAGUGAAGGAGUGCCGUCCAACGAUCCCGAUCAGUGAAGGGAAACCGAUGGUCCUUCCUAAUUCGACUCGAAAUCCACUUCUUCAUCCACCACCACUCGCAUACCGUGAGCUCGUCUCGCGGAUCAUGCGCAUUCCUGAGGCGAUAGACAUCAUCGAGAGAAUGGCGACCGCUCGA